GUUUCUGCUCAUACCCCAAAAGAAUUUCUUUCACAAUUCUCCGAGGUUGACCAACAAUUGGAGCCAACAAGGUUGAUCAAGUCUGAUACAUCUGCUAUGAGCUGUGAGCAAGAAACAUCAUCUUGGAGACCACUACAAGAAAUACAAUGCAGAGCUCAGAAAAGGAGCUGUACUAUGUAGUAAUCAUUUACAUUUCUGUACGACAGAGAUUAGAAUUUUGUAAAUUUAAUAUAUUGUUGGAAAGAUUCUGACAGUUCAGAACCAUAUUUUUCAUCACAAUGAAGGUACAUAAGCAGGGUAGUGAUCUUGGGCGACUUCUGGAUCUUACAAAAUUUGUAGGAUACAAAGAGCUCUUCCAUGACCUUGAGGUGAUGUUCAAUUUUGAAGGACAACUAGAGGAUCCAAACAAAGGCUGGCAAGUUGUCUACACAGAUGAUGAGGGAGAUAUGAUGCUUGUAGGAGAUGAUCCGUGGCAGUGAGAAAAGGAGGCAUUUGCUGACAGCUGGGUGGAGAGUCUUUGUUAACUCCGAAAGGCUUGUAGCAGGAGAUGCAUUCAUCUUUAUGAGGGAUAAAAAUGGCGAACUACAUGUAGGGGUCGGCGUGCCAUGCAUCAGCAAAGUAACAUUCCUGUCCGUAGUUAUAUCCAGUCGCAGAAUGGAGAUUUUUGUCCUUGCUGCUGCGUCACAUGCCAUUCCAGGGAGGGCUAUGUUUAGAGUCUACUACAAGCCAAGGCAAAAACUGAUGAUAUUUCCUAGUAGUCUCUUACCACUCAAAUUAUUUUCACAUUCAACAUCUAAAUAUCUUUUAGUGUUAAUAAAAUUCUACAAUCCAUGAAAUUAGACUGUGGUAACUGCUUUUAGAUUAGAUUGGGUGUAUAUUAUUUUAAUAUACAAUCUAAUCUA